AUGUCAAAGAAUAACACUAUGACUUCCAAUGUAUCAGAUAUGCUGGCAAAACAUCAUCAAAAUGAGCAGCAUCUACUAAGCUUACAGCAAAGGACCCAAAGUUUAACGUCAGGAGGAGACCGUACAAAUACAUAUCCCCAGCAAAUGAACAUGGGUGCAACCUCGCUGCAGCAAGAAUCGUAUUUGGUCCAACAACAACUCUUGCAUCAACAACAACAACAACAACUGCAACAGGAGCAGCAGCAACAACAACAGCGGAAUAUUAACCCAAACGAUACUCUCUCUUCUACAUCUACAGCAGAUCAAAAUACUUUAACAAAUAAUAAUACGUCAUUUUCAAAAAGAAAUAGUCUACAAAAUAAUAUUCCACUAGAAUCAAUGAUCUCUCCUUCCCAGCUUCACUCCAAUGGCGGUAUCCUUAAUAACGUAAAUCAAAAUAUUCUAUCCGCUGAUUCAAAUAUGAACGUUAGUAUAGAUCCUAAUGUGCAUAUAAACUCGAUUACGAAUACAAACCCAAGUUUGACAAAUGCAACGACUGGCACUGCAGCAAAUAGUGCUCCUAUAGUAAGGCAGUAUCAACAAAAUAACUCUCUAACAAGUACCCAAUCAAGAAUAAGAACAUCCAUGCAAAGAUCAAGAGGAAAUCAACAGCUAGAUCCAAGGUCCCCACAGGUCAUAUUAAUACCAACAUCUGCACAACCUACUGAUAUAUUAGCUGCUAGAUUUUCUGCAUGGAGAAAUAUAAUAAGAUCGAUAUUGGCGUAUCUAACGGAAACUGCUUCAAUUCAAGAUGAAAUUGUCAGGCAACAAUUACGUUUGUCUCAUGCCGUUCAAUUCCCAUUUUUUUCUUUAGAUAAUCAACAUCAACCUUCAUCUUAUGAGGACAAAGCUACCCAAAAAUUCUUUUUACCACAGGGAAAUAAUUCCAUUCAGGAUUUACCAACAAUAUUAUUCAAUUAUCAUAACAAGACAGCUAAUAGUGCAUCUGCCGCCUCUAGAGAGUUAACCAAUGAAGUUAUCCCUCGAUUGGAAGAUUUAAGAAGAGAUCUGCUAAUUAAGAUUAAAGAAAUUAAAUCUUUGCAGUCUGAUUUUAAAAAUUCAUGCAUAAAGGAAUUACAACAAACAAAGCAAGAUUUGAGAAAUUUUUAUGAUUCUUUAAAAGAUGCCCGUUAUUCUACACCUAAGCAAGAUCCAUAUUUAACCAAGAUUGUAUUAGAUAAGCAAAUUAAGAGGCAAAUAUCUGAAGAAAAUUUCCUUCAUGAGGCAUUUGAUAAUUUGGAAACUUCGGGUGCUGAAUUAGAGAAAGUAGUAGUCAUGGAAAUUCAAAAUGCAUUAACUCAAUAUGCAAGAUUAUUGGGACAACAAUCACAAAUUGUAUUUGAUGAUUUAAUCGCAAAAUUAGAUUCAGGAUUCUUCAAUAUUGAUCCACAAUUUGAAUGGGAUAAUUUCAUUGCCAGAGAUCCAAAUUUCUUGUUACCCAAUUUACCUAUGAGAAAUUUCAAAAAUAUAAUUUACAAAGCUCAAUAUGAUCCCUUAACUUACCAAAUUAGGUCAGGUUAUUUAGAGAGAAGAUCUAAAUUUUUGAAAUCGUAUUCCAAAGGUUAUUAUGUUUUGACUCCAUCAUUCUUGCAUGAAUUUAAGACAAGUGACAGGAAGAAAGACUUGGUUCCUGUGAUGUCACUGUCACUAACUGAAUGUACUGUCCAAGAGCAUUCAAAGAAAAAUCCACAAGAAGCAAAAUUUAUAUUGCAUGCCAAACAAAAUGGGCUUAUUCAUAAAGGACAUAAUUGGGUCUUUAAGGCAGAUUCAUAUGAGGUAAUGAUGUCUUGGUUUCAAGAUAUUAAAGUGUUAACCACUGCUGCCAACUUGGAAGAAAAAGUUAAAUUCAUUAGGCAAAAAUUAAAUCUAGAUGCAGAUGGGAAACCUGUUUCUGGAACAAGAACAAGUACUAUGAAAUCACAACCAAGUAGAGACUCUACCAUAACCGAAGCAAAUGUCAAUGCAAACAAUAAUGAAAAUGAUAGUCCAAUCCCAAGAAUAAGCAUUCAACGCCCAACUUAG